AUGAAGAUUUCUAUUCAAGUUUUCAACGAUGGUGUUUCUAACAAAGUUCUUUCCUCUUCUUACACUUCUUGUUCAACUUGGUGGAGGGAUAUCAUAAGGAUGGAGAAUUUUUCUUUUAAAGAUCCUAUUGCUGCUAAAAGUAGGAACAUAAUUCAAAAUGACUUCAGCACUCCAUUUUGGGAAGCUAAAUGGAUUGAGGAUGUCAUUUUGAAGGAGGUUUAUCCGGAUUUGUUCUUGGCAUAUUCUUUGAAGGGUGUUUCAAUUGCGGGUAUGGGGGGUUGGAAUGACGGGGAGUGGAGAUGGGGAGACUUUAGUUUAUCCACGACGGUGGCUAAUAAUUUGGAACUUUUGCCCAAUUUUUCCUCUUUGAAGGACCAGUUAGAGGAAUUUGGAGGAUUGUUAGAAGGUAGAGAUAUGGUUGGGUGGACCUUUAAUUCGGAAGAGGAUUUUUCGGUAGCGUCGUGUUAUGCUUUAUAUGCUUGUUUUUGUAUUCCUUUAGGACCACCUAAUAGGUAUGACGAGGCAUUGGGACUAGUUUGGAAAGCAGAGGUGCCUUUUAAGAUAAAGACUUUUGGUUGGAGACUUCUUGUUAAUAGACUUCCAACAAAGGACCUUUUGAUGUAUAAAGGAAUUUCAUUUCCUUUAAAUUCCUUGAAAUGUAUUCUUUGUGAUUUGGAUAUGGAAAACCAGGAUCAUACUUUUUUUAAUUGUAAAGUGUCUAAGAAAGUUUGGAGGGAGAUAACUAACUGGGUUGGUAAAUCGGAUUCGGAGAAGAAAGAGUGCUUUUCAAAUUUUAUGAAUUGA